CCCGACUGGCGCGGCCGGCGGCCGGGAGAUGCAGGGAGCGGCGGCGCUGGGGCGCAGCCAGGCGGCCGGGCGGGCGGGGGCCAGAGGCUGAGCCGGGCGAGCCAGCCGCGCGCACAGCUUUGCCCGCCACCCCCCGGAGCGGAUCCCCGGCCGCCCCUUGGCUCUCCCUGGGGUUCUAGCAAAGCUCCCCGGGGUGCCCAUAUCCAUUUCCUUGGGUGACUACAGCGUGUGUUUUGUUUUUCUUCCUUCCUUCCCUCCCUCUGUGCCCUUCUCCAGGAUGGCAGAGGCGGAAUUGCACAAGGAAAGGCUGCAAGCCAUAGCAGAGAAAAGAAAGAGGCAGACAGAAAUAGAAGGCAAGCGCCAAGAGCUGGACGAGCAGAUACUUCUGCUGCAGCAUUCCAAGUCCAAAGUGCUUCGGGAAAAAUGGCUGCUGCAGGGUGUACCCGCUGGAACUGUGGAAGAGGAGGAAGCCAGGCGGCGGCAGUCUGAGGAGGAUGAGUUCAGAGUUAAACAACUUGAGGAUAACAUUCAGAGGCUAGAGCAGGAAAUACAAGCACUGGAAAGUGAAGAGUCCCAGAUAUCUGCCAAAGAGCAAAUCAUCUUAGAGAAACUAAAGGAGACAGAAAAAUCCUUCAAGGACUUGCAGAAGAGCUUCUCCGGCACGGAUGGAGAUGCAGUAAAUUACAUUUCCUCCCAGCUCCCCGACCUGCCAAUCCUCUGUUCACGAACAGCAGAACCGUCACCUGGGCAGGACGGAACCAGCAGUGCAGCUGCUGUGUACGCCAUGGAAAUUAAUGUGGAGAAAGACAAACAAACAGGAGAGACCAAGACUCUCUCUACAUCCACCAUUGGCCCAGAGGGGGUGCAUCAGAGAGGAGUCAAAGUCUUUGAUGAUGGUACCAAAGUAGUGUAUGAGGUGCACUCAGGAGGCACCGUAGUAGAAAACGGAGUGCACAAAUUAAGCUCAAAGGAUGUAGAAGAGCUUAUUCAGAAGGCUGGACAAUCAAGCGUAAGAGGAGGGCACGUGUCAGAAAGGACUGUGGUUGCAGAUGGGAGCCUCAGCCACCCUAAGGAACACAUGCUCUGCAAAGAAGCCAAGUUAGAAAUGGUCCAUAAGUCUAGGAAAGAUCAUACUUCCGGGAACCCAGGGCAGCAGGCUCCAGCCCUCAGCACUGAAGGGCCGGAGGCAAACUUGGAUCAGCCAGUCACCAUGAUUUUCAUGGGCUACCAAAAUAUCGAGGAUGAAGAGGAGACGAAGAAGGUGCUAGGCUAUGAUGAAACCAUCAAGGCUGAGUUGGUCCUCAUUGAUGAAGAUGAUGAGAAGUCAUUGAGGGAGAAGACGGUGACAGACGUGUCCACUAUUGAUGGGAAUGCAGCGGAGCUGGUGUCCGGGAGACCCAUCUCAGACACCACAGAGCCCUCAUCCCCUGAAGGAAAGGAAGAGAGCCUGGCCACGGAGCCAGCCCCAGGAGUUGGGUGGGAGAAUGUGCUGCUAACGGGAGAGGAGGUAACCUCAGAGGCCACAGACACACCCGGCACAGACAUGACUGUCAAGAAGCCUCCCAAGCUUUCUGAGGAUGAUAUCCGGCUAAAACACGAGAGAGACAAGUGUAGUGCCAACUCCCUGGAACCCGCCACCAGCUCUCUCCCCCCAGGUCACAAAAACAUGGAAAUUGAGGUCUCUGUUGCAGAAUGUAAGAGUGUUCCCGGAAUCACCUCGACUCCACAUUCCAUGGACCACCCCUCCUCUUUCUACUCACCCCCCCACAAUGGCCUCCUCGCUGAUCACCAUGAAUCUCUGGAGAAUGAUGUGGCCAGAGAGAUCCGCUAUCUAGACGAGGUGCUGGAGGCCAACUGCUGUGAUUCUGCCGUGGACGGAACCUACAACGGCACGUCGUCCCCGGAGCCUGGAGCAGCAGUCCUGGUGGGCAGCCCAAGCCCACCCGCCCACACGACCGUCCAGCCGGCGCCCACCGAGAGAGCGGCUGGCAGGCAGGCUCCCCCCGACCUUGAGCUCCAUCAAAGCAACUCUGACACCAUGGCUGAGGGUGAAAGAGCCAACGGCCACCCCCCAGACCAGCCCAGAGACCUGCUGGGGGACAGCCUCCAGGUACCUGUGAGCCCCAGCUCCUCCACCAGCUCGCGGUGCUCGUCCCGAGACGGGGAGUUCACGCUCACCACGCUGAAGAAGGAAGCCAAGUUCGAGCUGCGUGCCUUCCACGAGGACAAGAAGCCCUCCAAGCUCUUCGAGGACGACGAGAGUGAGAAAGAACAGUUCUGCGUCAGGAAAGUGAGACCUUCCGAAGAGAUGCUGGAGCUGGAAAAGGAGAGGCGAGAACUCAUCCGGAGUCAGGCCGUGAAGAAGAAUCCUGGCAUCGCCGCAAAGUGGUGGAACCCUCCGCAGGAAAAGACCAUCGAGGAGCAGCUGAACGAGGAACAUCUGGAGUCGCACAAAAAGUACAAGGAGCGCAAGGAGAGGCGGGCGCAGCAAGAGCAGCUGCUAAUGCAGCAGCAGCCCCCACCGCAGCUCUGCACGCCUCCUGCAUCCUCUGCAGAGCAUUCCAGCCUGAGCGACAGCUCAAAGGAGGACAUCGUCACGGAGCAGAUAGAUUUCUCCGCGGCUCGCAAACAGUUCCAGCUGAUGGAGAAUUCCAGGCAGACAGUGGCCAAGGGCCAGAGUACACCCAGGCUCUUCUCCAUCAAGCCUUUCUACAGACCUCUGGGGUCAAUCAACUCAGACAAGACACUGACCAUCUCGAGACCAGCUUCUAUCGGGGGACCCCCCGAAGACUCUUCAGCAGUCAAGGGACAGAAAGCCCACGGUGCCCUGGAGAGCCAGUCUUCCGGAGAAGGGGGCCAGGGCAGCACAGCUCCUCAGGGGAAGGAAGGGCCCUACAGUGAGCCCUCCAAACGUGGGCCUGUAUCCAAACUGUGGGCAGAGGAUGGCGAGUUCACCAGUGCCCGGGCUGUCCUCACCGUGGUCAAGGAUGAUGACCCUGGGAUUUUGGAUCAGUUUUCAAGGUCAGUCAAUGUCUCUUUGACACAAGAGGAGCUUGACUCUGGUUUGGAUGAGCUGUCAGUGAGGUCCCAGGAUACCACCGUCCUGGAGACCCUGUCCAAUGACUUCAGCAUGGACAACAUCAGUGACAGUGGGGCCUCCAAUGAGACAACCAAUGCCCUCCAGGAAAACUCAUUGGCUGAUUUUUCUCUGCCCCAGACUCCCCAAACUGACAACCCUUCCGAGGGCCGCGGAGAAGGUGUCUCCAAGUCAUUCAGUGAUCAUGGUUUCUAUUCCCCUUCGUCCGCGCUGGGAGACUCUCCGUCCGUUGAUGAUCCCUUGGAAUAUCAGGCUGGUCUCCUGGUGCAGAAUGCCAUCCAACAAGCCAUAGCUGAGCAAGUGGACAGAGCUGUGUCUGAAACCAACAAGGGUGGAGCAGAACAGCAGGGACCUCAAGCGAGUCUAGAGGAAGCUGGAACUGGGCCUUCCAGCUCAGAGAAGCCUCAGAGCACGUUUGAACCACCUCAGGUGUCCUCCCCUGUUCAAGAGAAAAGGGAUGUAUUGCCAAAGAUUCUGCCUUCUGAAGACAGGGCACUCAGGGAAAGGGGGCCCUCUCAGCCACUGCCCCCGGUGCAGCCCAGUGGCCCAAUAAACAUGGAGGAGACCAGACCAGAAGGGAGCUACUUCAGCAAGUACUCAGAGGCAGCUGAGUUAAGAAGCACAGCCUCGCUCCUGGCCACUCAAGAGUCCGAUGUGAUGGUUGGCCCCUUCAAGCUGAGGUCCAGGAAGCAGCGGACUUUGUCCAUGAUCGAAGAAGAGAUCCGAGCAGCCCAAGAAAGGGAAGAGGAGUUAAAGAGGCAGAGACAAGUCUUGCAGAGUACCCAGAGCCCCAAGGCAAAGAAUGCCCCAUCACUGCCCUCCCGAACAUCGUGCUACAAAACUGCUCCAGGGAAAAUAGAGAAAGUCAAACCUCCUCCAUCCCCCACACCUGAAGGUCCCAGCUUGCAGCCUGACUUAGCCCCCGAAGAGGCCGCCGGAUCGCAGCGGCCCAAGAAUCUGAUGCAGACCCUCAUGGAAGACUAUGAGACACACAAAUCUAAAAGGCGCGAGAGAAUGGAUGAUAGUAGUUACACCUCUAAGUUACUGUCUUGCAAGGUGACUUCCGAGGUCCUUGAGGCCACACGGGUUAAUCGAAGAAAGAGCGCACUGGCCUUGCGCUGGGAGGCAGGGAUCUAUGCCAACCAAGAGGAAGAGGACAAUGAGUAAUCAACUUCCUUCCACCCGGAAGCUUCUUUGGUGCUUGGGUUCCCAAGAAACCAAGAAAUCAACACAUCAAAGCAUUUUAAUAGAAUAUUUAUUAAAGUGCAAACAAACUCAAUAAUCCUUAUGUAGACCAGAAGCUGCAGUGUACAAUGAUGAAAAAUAAAGUGAAAAAGAAGUCCACCCACCAAACUCAAACUCCUGGGAGUCAAAAGAGAAAGGAUUUUUUUGUGUGUGACUCAAAGGAUCGCCUGGGUUUGGACCACAAUUGAUCCAAAAGGACAAAGAAGUUAUAAGCAAAUCGACAUGGUUGCUACAGGCAGAACUGAGACCAGCCUAGCUGGGUGAUGGGGAAAACAACGGUAACGUGGCCAUUUGGAGAAGCCCCAGAGCUGGUGCCCUCCACCCGGCGGAGGAUAGGUCCCUGCACCUGCCCCAGUUUCCCACCCUUCACAGCAUCGGGGUGUUGGACUAACUCCAUUUACUCCAGCAGCCAUAAAAUAACGUUUUUCUCUCUAUUUACCCAGAAGAGGCAACUCUGGUUCCAUGUCUCUUCCAUUUAAUUGUUUUUAAUUAGGAACAAUUAAUGAUCACCAUUCUUAUUUUGAAGACAAGAGUUCUUCAUGUUGCAAACAGCCUGUUCUACAUUCGGAGGCUGAGGAAUGGGGGAGAAAGCCAAACCAAAUGGAUUAUUUUAGCUUUAGGAUCGUGUCUGCUUGUGAUACUGACUGAGCUGCAGUUUAUGAGAACACAUUUUCACAAUUCUGUUUCUUUAUAUGAAAACUAUAUUUAGUGGGCAACAACUAUUUUUAUGAUGGGACGGGGGAAUAUAUCCAUGUAUAAAACCUAUACACAUCAAACAGCUUGGUUCAAGAGGGGAGGGGGAUUUUUAGAGUGGCAAUAAUUGGAAAACGGGCGAACGCUGCCUUAGAGAGGUAGAUGAUGAGAAAUAGAGGUGUUUAUAACUAUAUUUUGUAUAUAAAGUGGACCCUCAGGGGAGUAGGAAGAAUGAUAGAUUAUUUUGGAUUAAUCAGAAAGGGAACAGUAAAGAAAGCUCAUGAAAGUUAGAGAAGAAGGGAGGGAGAAAGAGUGGGAAAAUAAGGAAGUAAGAGAUUAUUUUUGCUGAACAACCAGUAUUUUUCAGGAUGACACAGAGAAUAUAGAAUAGGAAUUUAAGUGCAGGCUUAGAAUCAGCUACAAAUCCUAAAGAUAGGGUGGGGUUGUGUGUGUGUGUGUGCGCGUGUGCACAUGCCUUUGUAUAUUUGUGCAAAGCGCAUGUGUGCUCACAAGUAAGGGUGUGUGUGUGUGUGUAAGGAUUAAAAUUCCAGAAUGAUCAUGGGACAAGGGUGUUCACUUAUUUCCUUCAAAGCAGCUUGCCAGCGCCAGGAGUGAGAAUUUCUUUUUUAUGAAAAGGAUAUAGAGGCUCCGAGCUGAUGCAGUAUUUGUAAUAUUAAGUUGACCUAACAUGGUAUUUGCAUGAGUCACAAUGGCAAAGUUUUGAGCAGUUUUGUAAUUUGACAUUUAGGAAAGUAUCAUAUUUAUUCUCAUACUCUGUAUUCACACUUAGUAUAGGCUAAAGGAUGCCCGCUUUACUCUUUCUGCCAUUUAAAGCAAUAUGAUAAGGGUAUUCAAUCAUUGAAUGCCCUCAAUUUCUGGAUGAGAAAUUUUUCAGUUCUGGCCACGAGAAAAAAGUGACCAGCCUUUGUUUUUUCCAUCCCCUUUGUUUUAAAACUGUGGUUUUUAAAAAAAGCAAUAAGUAAGUCAGACCUCACUAAAAUUAUUUUCGUUUUUAUAUCGUUCUGUCAUGAGCACUAAUAUGUUAUGCGGACAAGUAGCAGUUCCAUGAAAUUUGUCUGUAGAUGUCAUGCACAUUAUCUUUGCUUCUUUUAUUAGACUAGUGUCAACUUUAGGGAAAAGUUUAUUCAUAAGCAAGUGGUGGACACAAAGUAAUUAUGGAACUGUCUGAUAACUUACAAGGAUCCUUUGAAACUGCCGAGGAAACCUGCAAUUUGAAGCCAAAUUCUAUGGAUGGGUAAUUGGCACCAGCUGUAUAUGGUUCAUGCUCCUGAACAUUCUGAAUGAAAAGUCAACAAAAUGUGCUGGCCACUGGGGAUACAAAACAAAUAAGAUCCCUGCUGUUAGGAAUUUAUUUUCAAGUGGGAGAGGCUGGUGUGGAGACAGACAUUCCCAGGAAAAUGAGAUGAGGAGUCCCGGCAGGUGAAAUGGGGACACCCAGGAAGGAUGCUUUGUCUGAGGAUUUCCAGCGUUCCCAAGGCAGGCACGGGAAUGAAAACAGAUGGGGCAGCAGCAUCGUGUAGCCCAGGGACACAGGGGCUGCUAGGAUGCCUGGAGAACAGAAUGGUUCUAUGGGGUGCACGAGAAAUGAAACAUGCUUCAUGAUUUGUGGACUAACUCUGGGUCUGGUAGUGACCAUAGACUUGAUACAGAUGAACUCUCCAUCUUUUGCAAGAGGAAACAGACCUCAGGACUUCCCUGAAGUUUUUGGUUCUGUUUUGAAGGAAACCGUGUACCCACCUUAAACCUCCACUUGAGAAAAGAAUGGGCAGCUGAAAAGAAAGCUUAGGAGGCCACACAAUUUCUGCAGUCGCUUUAGAGGCAGAUAAAUUGGUCUUUGACUACAGUUGAUUGAACCAGACACACUUAUUAUGCGGAGUUAUAGAGCUGGGAUCCUUUGGUCCAUGCUUCAGAUAGGCAACAAAUGCAGCGUUUCCGUGACCCUCUCACAGGCAGAAAACCGUUUAACUGUGGCCCCUGCAUCUCCAUCUUUUGCUUGUUCCCUUCUGCUGCCUUCUGAUGACUGCUGUCAAUUUCCUGGUUCCACUCACCUAUAAUCCUGUUAAAAUGUAAAUUAAAGUUCCCUUGGAAGAGCCAGAUUUUCUCUGCGCUCUUGAGUUUUUUACUCAUUUAAGAAACAUUGGGCCAUGGCUUUGUACAUAGCACCGUGCUAGGCUCUGGGAUCCCAAAUGAACCCCUUUAACUUUGCGAAGACGCAGCAGACCCCUGGAGGAAAUUCACCCCUGCCUAAUCCAUUGAGAGGAAGAGGCUUGUCCAAAAAUUGGCCUCUGAUGCUCAUCCCUGCCCCCCAAAUAGCACGCAAGCUUGUUAAUCUCAGCUAGAACAAAUGUUUAGAUUCUGUAGAUGUUAAAAGCUUUCCUGAAAGUAUUCCAUUCUGCUUUGUUUAUAGAUGUUCACUUUCCUCCGGAACUGAUUAACUACUGACAUUCCUUGGCUUUCUCAUCCAGAAAUUAUGGAAACAGGGUCUGUCAGUGGCAGGAGUCUGGGCUGUGUCCUACGUGAAUGACAUGCAGUUUCCUUGCCUCUUUACACCCGUGCAUGCUACCCACCCUAGACAGUGAUGUAUAAGCAGUAUAUAGAUCAGUGUCCACAUGUAUACACAACACACACACAUACACACACACACACACACAAGGCAUAACAAGGAACACUAAAACACUGUUGACUCUUGUCUCUGAAGACAAAUAAUUAAACAUUUUUUUCCAACUAAAGAAUGGAUGUAAGUAAACUACGUAUUGAAAAAAAAAAUAGCCUAAGUGUUUAGAGAUGGUGACUAUAUCCAGUUUUAGUGACAGAACCAAUUUCCUGAAUUUUAAGCAUUCAGUGAGUGAGCUGCCAAUUUUGAUUUUGUGUUGCUCUUUACCCAAAUGACUUUUUUUUUUCUUUUUUUGGAGGAGGGGGCAAAAAGCAGCAAUACUGUGUUUGAAAAUGAUACUCUGUAUCUGCUCUCCUGUGUAUGUUAACCACUUCAAUGUUAUUAUCCUGCUUCAGUUUUAUAGUGAUUGUGAGGCAUUCAAUGCAAGUAUACAAUUAUUUUCUCAUUAAAACCCAGCGUGUGUUGUUUUUAUAAA